GCUGCCAGUGACGGUUCUCAGCGGCUUCCUCGGGGCUGGCAAGACCAGCUUGUUGACGCAUGUCCUUCACAAUCAAGAAGGCUUACGGGUGGCCGUGAUCGUGAACGACAUGGCCGAGGUCAACAUAGAUGCCAUGCUUGUCAAAUCCGAACAAGUGCUCAAUGUGCAAGACAAGAUGGUCGAGAUGCAAAACGGCUGCAUAUGUUGCACUUUGCGCGACGACCUCAUCGAACAUGUCACCAAGAUUGCAGCAGAGAGAAAGUACGACUACCUGUUGAUCGAAAGCACGGGCAUUUCUGAGCCGAUGCCAGUGGCAGCCACCUUCGUGACUGACAUUGAAGGCAACCGGGAACGAAUUGAAAAC